UAAUGGAUCGCCUCUCGACGAUCAACUUACCUGUCCUGGUGCUUGCACACUCCGUCUUCCUCUCGUUUCUUGGGCUGCGAAUGAUCUUUCGCAGCCCGCCCAAGCCCGAUCGCGAGAGCGAGAUCUCCGCCAUGUCUGGCGUCACCACCCUGGCAAUUGGCAUCGCCUACAUGGCGACGAGCUACAUGCCCAUUGAGCAGAAUCAGUUCCUGCACGCCAGCAUGCCUGUGAGGAUCGUUCUCGCGCUGCUUGCCGGCUUGAGGCUGCUGAGCGUCAAGAACAUGACCCCCGGACGGCCGAAACGAAAUGCUGUUCGUGUUUUCGUACGACGGCGUUGGCGGCCUGAUCUGUGGGUGGCAGCUGGGGAAUUUCAGUGGCAAUGUGCCAGGGUUGUGAGCUUCAGACUGCGGGUCGUCUUGAAAACACGCACAAAACGAGGGAGCUUAGAUGAGAUGGGCGAGCUGGGGUGAGAUGCUCUCAUGAUCCGUGGUGAAUGGGUGGCCAAGACAAGUUCAGAACCCGACGAAACGCUGCCCAAGCAUGCAUGCGUCAGGUGUAAUAUCAACUACACGAGAUGAAUACGUCUUGACUGAACAUGCUCCGUCACGCUAUCUCAUGCGGUUGAACAAAAAUUACGUGUCUGGAUGGAAAUAAGUAGACAGCCGGCUUCCGGCUAUGAAC